AUUCAAAACAUUGGAGCACACUGGCGCUAUUUUGUUGUUUGCUCGAGGUGAACAUCGCACACACACGAAGCACACGUCACACAUACACAAGUGCACACAGAUUGGCGAAUUUAUUUACGAAAUUAUUGCUUUGCUAGCGCGUGAAAAAAGCCAGCUACAACAACUGAACUGAACGUUGUGUGUGUUGUGUCUCCGUCUGUGGGUGCAAAAAUUCAAUACGAAAAAACAAAUUCAAAGAGCGUCUACAAAAUUCACUGUUAAGAUGAGCCGUCAACUGCUUAGGAAUCCAGCAACAAUGCAACGUGCUGCCAGUGCCGUUGCCUCCACUUGUGCCAGAACUUUGACUAGCAGCAGCAACGGUGGCAGCGCAGUCGCCACAAGGCGUCAACAGCAGCAGCAACAAUGUAAACUAACGUCAAGUGUUGGCAUACGCCGCUGGAAAUCAUCGACGCUACAUAACAAUAACAGCGCUGAGCAGCAGAACCAGAAGCUAACAGGAACGACGACAGCGACAGCGACGCUGCGCCGCAGUCAAGCUGAAGCAUUGAACGCGCGUGGUAGCCAUUCAACUUUUGACGUUCCUUCUCGCAACAUGUCCACCACACAAAAGAACGGCAACCAGAAAUGCCUACAACUGGAGAACAUCAAUCCCAACUUCAUCGUUAUGGAGUAUGCGGUCCGUGGUCCGCUUGUCAUUCGCGCCGGCGAAAUUGAAAAGGAACUCGAGAAGGGAGUGAAGAAACCAUUCGACCAGGUGAUUCGUGCCAACAUUGGCGAUUGCCAUGCGAUGGGCCAACAGCCCUUGACCUUUUUGCGUCAGUUGUUGGCUCUGACGAUGGAACCGCGUCUGCUGAACACUCCGGACUAUCCAGCUGAUGUGAAGGAGCGCGCUUGUGCUUUGUUGGCCGCAUGCCAAGGCGGCUCGAUGGGUUCGUACACCGAUUCGGCGGGUUUGGAGCAUGUGCGUCGUCAGGUGGCCUCAUUCAUUAAGGAACGCGAUGGCGGCGUCGACUGCGAUUGGCAGAAUAUUUAUCUAACUGGCGGCGCCUCGCCAGGCAUCAAGAGCAUCCUCUCGCUGCUGCAUUGCCAUGUGGAGGAGAAGUUGCCGGGCAUCAUGGUGCCCAUACCACAGUAUCCAUUGUACUCGGCGACCAUCGCUGAAUAUGGCAUGAGCAAGAUCGAUUAUUACUUGGAUGAGGCCAACAAAUGGGGACUGAAUCGCAAGGAGCUGCAACGCGCCUACGAUGCGGCCAAGACUCAAUGCAAUCCCCGUGCUCUGGUCAUCAUCAAUCCCGGCAAUCCCACCGGCCAGGUGCUGUCGCGUCAAAACAUCGAGGAGAUCAUCAAAUUCGCCCAUGAGAAUCAACUGUUGCUCCUCGCCGAUGAGGUGUACCAGGCAAACGUCUACGACAAGGACUCCAAGUUCCAUUCGUUCAAGAAGGUGAUGCACGAGAUGGGUGAACCGUAUCGCAGCCAAGAGCUGGUCAGUUUCCUGUCGGUGUCAAAGGGUUUCCUCGGCGAAUGCGGCAUUCGUGGCGGCUACAUGGAGGUGAUCAACUUGUGUCCUAAGGUCAAAGCGAUGCUCACCAAAUCGAUUACCGCAUCGUUGUGCAGCACCACCGCUGGUCAGGUGGCUGUCAGUGCUCUGGUGAAUCCGCCACGUGCCGGCGAACCUUCGUUUGAGCUGUACAACAAGGAGAAGAACGCUGUCUUGGAUGCGUUGAAGGAGCGCGCCGAAUUGGUCUACAAGACCUUCAGCAGCUUCGAGGGUUACACGGUGAAUCCCGUUCAGGGAGCGAUGUAUGUGUUCCCUCGUGUCGAGAUACCACCUAAGGCGGUGGAGGCAGCCAAGGCCAAGAACAUGGCACCCGAUGCCUUAUAUGCAUUUGAACUGCUCGAGUCGUCGGGUAUCUGCGUUGUGCCUGGCAGCGGAUUUGGUCAGUUGCCUGGAACCUAUCACUUCCGCAGCACCAUCUUGCCGCAGACGGACAAGCUGAAGCUGAUGUUGGAGAAGUUCCGUCAAUUCCACUUGGAGUUCAUGAAGAAAUACAAAUAGAGCGGACAAGCGGACUCUGAUGAUAUUUUCCUCGUACACACACACACCUCAACGCAACUUCGAUGACGUUCGACUUCGAUCCCAGUUCACGUCUUUAAUAUAUUUUUUAAAAUUUUUUUUUUUUUUUUUCAAAAAAUAAUUAAAUUGUUACAAAAAUACUAACUCUAUACUCUUUUGACUGGUUUCAAGCGAUCCCAAACAUUACUCUAUACUAUUAAUUAUAUAGCAAUUGAGGUUUGAUUUAAUUCCUUGAUUUAUCGCAAAACUAAUUGGACAUGAUGAUGAACUAAAUUGACAAUAAUAUUGUUCUUGUUUUAAUUGCUUUGUUGCAAAUUAAUAAUUAGUAUAUACAUUGGAUAUUGUUAAUAAUAGAAUGAGCGUUAUAUAUUUAUCACAUAUAUUGAUGUAGCUCCCCCCUAUAUGAUAAUCCCCAUAUAUGUAUAUGUAUGUAUAAUGUCGUACAUCGCACACUUUUAUGUCCUUGCGCGAAGUCAUUACUUGAUGUUAAAACAUAAAACAUAUAUUGUAUUGUUGUUAAAUAUAUAUAUAUAUACUAUGAUAUAUCAAAUAUGCAUUCGAUUGGCAUUCAAUAUCGUAUUCUUAAAAGAGACGCCUGAAAGUAUGCAUCACUAAGCUGGAGAAGCAUGUGGAGUUAUCACCUCCCCCCCCCCAUAUAUAUUAUACAGCUAUGAUCACGCAACAACAAAAAUAACUCAACAUAACUCUAGCAUUUAUCAAUAGAUCAUUGUGAAAUUUUCAAGACUACAACAAAGUCGAAUUUCUAAAAUAUAUAUGUGAAAAAAAUACCAAAAAAUAUUUUGAAUUUCUUUUCACAGCUCUCUCAACACAUUCCUCCUCAGAGAUUCAGAAUGAAACUAGAUCAUUCGGAAUUAAGAAAAAACACAUCAUUUUUGUAUUUCAUAAGUAUUUAUUUAUUAUGAUUCAUCUUGAUCAUCGUUUUUUUUUUUUAUUUUACAACUUGUGUUUCGAUAGUUUACAAAAACAAGAAAUUACAAAAUUAAAUAAAGAAAAUAAUUCACAAAAUACUUGUACCUUCCGAAUGUCGUCUUGCGCUCCGGUUGUAAUAUUGUUCUGUUCUUUCACUUCCUGUUUGUUGUUGUUUUUUUUUUGUGUAGUUUUGUUUUUAGUAAUUGUAAUUUGAGUGUUUUAGUUUCCAUUUCCUCUUCUUUCUGGUUUGUUCUUAUUAUUUUACGAUCUAUGCACUUACAUUCUAAAUAUACAUCCAACUUUCUAGAUUCAGGAUUGUGUGUUUGCGUUUAGAUUCUUUACAACGUAAAUAUAUAAUUAUUAAUUAAAUUAGCAUUUUCUUUUGUAGGUUUCCUUUUCUUUUUCUCACGAUUCUACACAAGAACUAAUCAAGAAAGAAACAAAAAAACAA